CUAUCAUAGUAGAUCCUCAACCAACAAAAACCCUCACACACACUACCACACUUUCUCUCUCACACACUUCCACAAUCUUCCAUUUCACCUUCCAAUUCACGAUCCUUUACGUCCUCAAUCACCUCUAUCGUCUCCAAUGGAGACUCUGCUCCAAUCACGCCCUGUUUUCACCGCCAAAUCGCCGGUGAAAUCCGCCGUUGAUAAGCAUUUUCUCACUCGAUCGGUUGCAGUUAGGAAACAGAGGACGUGUAGUGUGAAAUUGCGAGCGGUUAGCAAAAGCUCACACGACGGAUCUUCUGUUGAAGAUGUACGGAAGGAUAGCGUGUUGUUAGGCGCUGAGAAGGAUGAAUCUGGAUCGAUUGUAGGUUUUCAUUUGAUUCCGCAAUCAGGUGACACCAAAGUUAGCACCUCUCAAGAUAACAUAUCAAAUGAUGAAGAACUGAUUGUGGAUGAUGAGUUGGCAGACACAAGACCCGCAAAAGUGACCUAUAACAUUGUUUUUGCUACUUCCGAGGCAGCACCAUACUCCAAAACUGGAGGUUUAGGAGAUGUUUGUGGCUCUUUGCCCAUUGCACUUGCAGCACGAGGGCAUCGUGUAAUGGUUGUUACACCUAGAUAUUUGUGCGGUGGACCCGCAGAUAAGAAGUUUACUGGUGCUGUUGAUCUUGAUUGUCGGAUUAAGGUUACUUGUUCUGGAGGGGUACACGAGGUUGCGUUUUUUCACGAGUAUAGAGCGGGUGUUGAUUGGGUGUUUGUGGAUCACCCUUCUUUCCACCGACCUGGAAAUCCAUAUGGUGACACUUAUGGUGCAUUUGGUGAUAACCAGUUUCGGUUCACCUUACUUUCUCAUGCAGCAUGUGAGGCUCCUUUAGUGCUUCCUUUGGGAGGGUUCACAUAUGGUGAAAAAUGUUUGUUCCUUGUCAAUGACUGGCACACCGGUCUUGUUCCAGUGCUAUUGGCAGCAAAGUAUCGUCCCCAUGGAGUUUAUAAGGAUGCUAGAAGUAUCGUUGUGAUACAUAAUCUAGCACACCAGGGAGUUGAGCCUGCAUCAACUUACGGCAAUUUUGGAUUGCCCCCAGAAUGGUACGGAGCUUUGGGGUGGGUAUUUCCUACUUGGGCAAGAACACAUGCUCUUGACACCGGCGAGGCUGUUAAUGUUCUAAAAGGUGCAAUUGUCACUGCUGACCGGAUACUGACAGUUAGCCAGGGCUAUUCUUGGGAAAUUACAACACCAGAAGGUGGAAAUGGUCUAGACGAGCUUCUUGGUAGUCGAAAGACUGUUUUAAAUGGGAUCACAAAUGGCAUUGACAUAAAUGACUGGAAUCCAUCUCUAGAUGCGCAUAUCCCUUCUCAUUACUCUCUUGAUGACCUUUCAGGGAAGAUUGAAUGCAAGAUUGCUCUUCAAAGGGAAUUAGGUCUUCCAGUUCGGCCAGAUUGUCCAUUGAUAGGGUUUAUUGGGAGAUUGGACUACCAGAAAGGUAUUGACAUAAUUCUAUCGGGAACUCCAGAAUUGUUGCAAGAUGAUGUUCAGUUUAUAAUGCUUGGAUCCGGAGAAAAACAAUAUGAAGACUGGAUGAGAGCCACUGAAGCAACGUUUAAAGAUAAAUUCCGUGGAUGGGUUGGAUUCAACGUCCCCAUAUCUCACCGGAUAACAGCAGGAUGUGAUAUUUUACUAAUGCCCUCGAGAUUCGAGCCAUGUGGUUUAAAUCAGCUGUAUGCAAUGAGAUACGGAACCGUACCAGUGGUACAUGGUACCGGAGGACUUGGAGACACAGUGAAGACUUUCAAUCCAUUCGCAGAUGAAGGAAAAGGUGAAGGUACCGGGUGGGCGUUCAAACCUUUGACAAGAGAAAGCAUGUUGGAUGCGCUACGAGUUGCAAUCGAGACUUACAGGAAGCACAAGAGUUCUUGGUUAGGUUUGAUGAAGAGAGGAAUGGAACGGGACUACUCGUGGGAUAAUGCUGCGGUCCAGUAUGAACAAGUUUUCGAAUGGGCUUCCAUUGAUCCGCCUUAUGUCACCUAAUUCAAUCGAUUCAACAAAUGGGUUGAAGAAACAAUGGCAAUUGGUCAAGUACAAGGAUCAGUACUGCCAUUUGGAGCUCGUUGGGUGGGACCCACAGGCUAUUGGAAUGCAAGCUGCUCAGGUAAGUAGGUAUCUUGAGUGUGUGCUAUAUUAAAGUUAAGUUUUUUUUUAUUAACUGUUGAGAGGAAUAUACAGAAUUUUUAUCACAUAUUGAAGAAAGCUGUAAUUUAUUUCCCUAAUUAUUUUAAUCUUUUAUGACAAAUUAUCUGGGUGUCUCAUCCAGACAAAA